CCUGCUCCCAUUGAGACAUGGCAUCUCCCGCACCCCCGCCGACCCUCGCGGUGCAUCUCACAGACAAUGUCAGGUUGUUGAAGUUAAAGGAAAUGUUCAUCUCUAAAUAUGGCUCUGUGCCCUCAUUUUAUGCCCGAGCACCAGGACGAGUCAACUUAAUAGGUGAGCAUAUUGAUUAUUGUGGCUAUGCCGUUCUCCCCAUGGCUAUUGAGCAAGACAUAUUAGCAGCUGUGCAGAUCAGUAAUGAUCAAACCGUUGAGCUCUCCAAUACAAACCUAUCCUAUGGGGACUUCUCUGUAAAUGUUAAUGAUAUCAAGAUUGAUAAAACUAAGCCUUUAUGGCACAACUACUUUCUGUGCGGACUCAAAGGAAUUCAGGACCAUUUCAGUUUGAGCAGCCCUACUGGAAUGAAAUGUUUGGUAGAUGGAACAAUUCCUGCAAGUUCGGGUCUUUCCAGUUCCAGUGCCUUAGUCUGCUGUGCUGGGCUUGUUACCCUAAUUGCUAAUAAGAUGUCUCUUUCAAAGGUUGAACUUGCUGAAACAUGUGCAAAAUGCGAGCAAUAUAUUGGCACUGAAGGUGGUGGCAUGGACCAAUCCAUUUCAUUCCUCGCAGAAGAAGGAACUGCUAAGCUAAUUGAAUUUAGCCCCCUGAGAUCAACUGAUGUAAAGCUUCCAGCUGGGGCAGUUUUUGUCAUUGCUAACAGUUGUGUUGAAAUGAAUAAAGCAGCAACAUCACAUUUUAAUAUAAGGGUAAUGGAGUGUCGCCUAGCUACUAAGAUUAUUGCAAAGGCAAGAGGGCUAGACUGGAAAAACUUGAUGAAAUUAGGAGAUUUGCAAGCCAAACUUGGGGUCAACUUUGAGGAUAUUAUGGCUAUAGUGGAGGAAAUUCUUCACCCCGAGCCAUACACAAGAGAGGAAAUUUGUGAUUGUUUGGGUAUAAGUUUAGAAGAACUCCUUGAGAAAAUACUUAGCCAAAAUACACAAGAUGUUUCCACCUUCAAAUUGUAUCAGCGAGCUAAACAUGUGUACAGUGAAGCUGCCAGAGUCCUUGCCUUUAAGAAGGUUUGUGAUGAGGCACCUGCCAAUGCAGUCCAGCUGCUCGGGGACCUCAUGAACCGGAGCCACGUGAGCUGCAGAGACAUGUACGAAUGUAGCUGCCCUGAACUGGAUCAGCUGGUGGACAUCUGCCUGAAAUCGGGGGCUGUUGGUUCCCGUCUGACAGGGGCCGGAUGGGGUGGCUGCUCCGUCUCUAUGGUUCCAGAGGACAAACUCGGUGACUUCCUUUCAAAGGUGCAAGAUGCUUAUUACAAAUUGGAGGACCGAAGGUUUGCGCUGCUCAAAACAAGUCUCUUUGCCACAAAUCCUGGAUGCGGGGCAAUGGUUCUUAUGGAAGCAGAUUAAAUAUUGCUCCAUGGCCUAAUCAAAAUUUCUCUCUGCUUUGUAGCAUCUUAAUCAUAUGUUGCCAAUGAAUUAAACACAUCUUUUAUUUCCUGGGAUCAUUUUAUGGCUCUAGUAGGAUUUGUUUGCAAAUAGGACAUAAGUCCCAUUAUGUAAUAAAAGGCACAACGUUUGCCCAGGUGCAGUAACCCAUAGCAUCCAAUAAAAUGUUUGCUUUUAAACAUGUGACAAGGAAAUGCUAACUGCAGAUUGGUUAUAGGAAUUGUAGCAAACUUUGCACCUGUUGUUACAUAACCCCCUAAAUGUGGUGGAUCAUUCAAGAGAAUGAGGGUAUGGAUUAAGGAGUAUAUGUUACAUUAUGGGGCACAUUUAGUAAAAUUCAAAUGAAUAUCAUAUUUUUAUGAAAACAAAUCCAACCAAACUCCCUUCCAGAAAAAUGCCAAAAUCGAUUUAUUUUUUUCUGCGUUUUCUCUGCAAAAACUCAACUUUUUUGGAUUAUCGAAUUUUGUUUGAUUAUCCAGCGCAGAUCACAAUGUCAAAAAAACAACUUCAGAGACUGCUAUUGACUUCUACAUGACCUCGACAGGUUUUUCGGACUUGGAUUUUUAGCAGUUUUGUGGUAUGAUAAAUCUCCAAAAAUUCCAUUUUUUUUUCCACAAAAAAAUUGAGUUUUCACCCUAAAAAACCAUGACCAGAAACAAAAUCGAGGUUUAAUAAAUGGGCCCCUAUGAGUGUUCAUUCUGCCAAUCAGAGGGGUUAUGAGCAAUUUUUGUGCAGUGCAAUUUCAAUGUUUUUACACACAAUGCAGCAUUUUGACUAUAACUCCAGUGUAAUAGCAGUCACAAAGUGUCGAUACCCCUAACACUACUGUGGCCGAUGUGCUAAAAUGUACACAAUUGCACUUGUGCUUCAACGUCAAUUAAAUACAGUUGCACUGAAAAUACUGGAAAAAAGGUUUCCAAUUUUGUAGCUUCCAGUGCUCAGUGUCGAAAGGAAAGUGUACAUCCAGUUCUUUAGGCACAAAUAUUAUGUGUCUAUUUGCUCAGACCCCUGGGGAACCCUGGAGCUAUUGCCACUAGCGCUUCUCCUUAUUUUAAUAGUAGGGAUGCACCGAAUCCAGGAUUCGGCCUUUUUCAGCAGUAUUCGGAUUCGGCCAAAUCCUUAUGGAAGGCCAAACCGGAUCCUAAUCUGCAUUUGCAAUUUAAAGGCGGGGAGGAAAAUCGCGUGACCUUUUGACACAAAACAAGGAAGUAAAAAAUGUUUUCCCUUCCCACCCCUAAUUUGCAUAUGCAAAUUCAGAUUCCGUUUGGUAUUCGGCUGAAUCUUUCGCGGAGGCAUCCCUAGUUAAUAGACACCCUGUGUGUGGUUCAAUAGAGGGGGCUUGGCAGGACAGACUGAGCAGCACUUAUUGCAAGAAACGGAAGUACAAGGAGUGUCUUUUGACACAAGUACCUUUAAUGAAUUAGUGCAACUGAUUACAACCAAGUUACACAAGGGAUUUUGUAUGUGACCAUUAUUAGGCUUUUUUUUUGGCAAGAGGACCAUGUCAGAAUAAUGCUUAUUUUCCUGUCUCUUCCCAUAUUCAACUGAAAGAAAUUAUGUAUGUCUCCUUUAUAUCAUUUUAUAGAAAUGUGUGUGUGAAGGUUUGCUACAGGAAUGAUGGCUCUACUGUGAUUUUCAAUUAAACUUUUGGAUAAUGCAAAUGAA